AUGUCUUCUGGCUUUGAUGAUCUCACACUUUGCCAAGAUCAAACAGCUGCAAACUUCCAGGCUACCCCAUCCACUUCAAUGGCUGCCUGUCACUCUGCCUUUGAAAAGCAACAAGAAAAGGAUACUAUUCCCAUUUACAACAGCCACCCAUAUAAGCGUACAGACAUCUCAAUUCAGCUUUUCCACCUGGUCUUUGAUUUUUUUUACAACUUGGAUGGAGGAGACAAAUGA